CUCUCCAUCCCAGUCUCUGCCGUCCUUCCCUGCCUUCUCUCGCCUCGAUUUUCCCUUCUAGGCUGAGCGGGAGGAAGCAGCAGCGGAAGCCGCCAGGUGAGGGAGCGGGGAGAAGAGGAAAGGGAGGGCGAGUUGUCGCCCGUUUAAGGGCCUCCCACAUCGCUCCGCCAUGUUCCGAGGCCCGCCCCCUCCCGGGGUCUCCCUCGCCGCCGCCCCCUGCCCGCCCCCAGGGCCCUGAGGAGCCGCCGCCGGGACGCGCUCCCGCCGCCGCCGGCUCCGCCGCUCCCGCCGCCCGAGCCGCGGGGCCGCCCGCCAGCCAGCCAGCAAAGAUGCUGAGCUUUUUCCGUCGAACCCUUGGACGGCGGUCUAUGCGUAAGCAUGCAGAGAAGGAGCGGCUGAGAGAGGCCCAGAGAGCUGCAACCCACAUCCCUGCAGCUGGGGAUGCAAAAUCCAUCAUUACUUGCCGAGUGGCCCUGCUGGACGGAACAGAUGUCAGCGUGGACUUACCGAAAAAAGCCAAAGGCCAGCUCCUGUUUGAACAGAUCAUGUAUCAUCUGGACCUUAUAGAAAGUGACUACUUUGGAUUAAGGUUCAUGGAUUCUGCACAAGUGGCGCAUUGGUUGGACAACACAAAAAGCAUUAAAAAGCAAGUUAAAAUUGGCCCACCAUAUUGUCUGCAUUUUCGUGUAAAGUUUUACUCAUCAGAGCCCAACAAUCUACGUGAAGAGCUAACAAGGUAUUUGUUUGUUCUGCAGCUGAAACUGGAUAUUCUCAGUGGAAAAUUGGAAUGUCCUUUUGAGACAGCCGUCCAGCUGGCAGCUUAUAACAUGCAAGCUGAACUCGGAGACUAUGAUCCUGCUGAGCAUGUCCCUGAACUGGUGUCUGAGUUCAGGUUUGUUCCCACUCAGACUGAAGAGAUGGAACUAGCCAUUUUUGAGAAGUGGAAAGAAUGCAGGGGACAAACACCAGCACAGGCUGAAACUAACUACUUAAACAAAGCUAAGUGGCUGGAAAUGUACGGUGUAGACAUGCACAUAGUGAAGGCAAGAGAUGGCAAUGAUUACAGCCUGGGACUGACACCUACAGGAGUUCUUGUCUUUGAAGGAGACACAAAGAUUGGGUUGUUUUUCUGGCCAAAGAUAACAAGGCUUGACUUCAAGAAGAAUAAACUCACUCUAGUUGUGGUUGAAGAUGAUGAACAGGGAAAGGAGCAGGAGCACACUUUUGUCUUUAGACUGGAUCAUCCCAAAGCCUGCAAACACUUGUGGAAGUGUGCAGUGGAACAUCACGCCUUCUUCCGGCUCCGAGGUCCUGUCCAAAAAAGCUCAAGUCGAUCAGGCUUCAUUCGGUUAGGGUCCCGGUUCCGCUACAGUGGGAAAACAGAAUAUCAAACCACUAAGACCAACAAAGCCAGGAGAUCAGCAUCCUUUGAAAGAAGGCCCAGCAAAAGAUAUUCAAGACGAACACUACAAAUGAAAGCCCAUGCUGCUAAACUUGAAGAAACAAGUACUGCAAACAACGCUGUUAUCAACCAGACUAAUGGAUCACAAAGCUGGAACGCAAAGCCAAACCUACCUGUCCUAACAGUGGUUCCUUCUGCCCCGGUCUUAGUGGAAAUAGAAAACCUUCCAAGAAGCCCUGGAGCCAGCCACCAAGACAAGAAGUGCAUCCCCUUUGUUGAUUUGCUAGACAGCACGGAGUUGCCAGAAACUUGUGUGGAUGAUGCCAUAGGCCACCCAGUUGUUGGCUUGGCAACAGGAGAUUCAGAAGAUGCUGUUAGUUGUCCUCAUCUUGGCACAAAGGAAACUGCUGCUGAAAAGGCAGAUGCUGAUCCAUUUGAAGAUGCAUUCCUAAAACUGAAACAACUGGAGACAGAGUGCAGCAGCCCCGUGCCAACUGAGCAUCCCAACGUGAACUUAAAUGUACAGGAUGAAGUGGUAAAGUUGACAGAUAAAUGUCUUAAUAAUGCAAUUGAGACCUCAAUCACAGCAGCAACGUGGCUUCCAGUAGAUAUGAAAAGCAAUAUCCUGAAGGCCCAGGCAGAAGCAGGGCACAAGGUUGGAAGAGAAGACAGCAUGACAGGUGUCAAGAAUUCCAAUGUUCAGGAUGCUGCUGCCAGGAGCAUUCUCCCACCAGCCAAAACACAGGGUAGUCCCCCAGCAACCAGUCCAGUCUUUCAAGACCUAAGAGAGCUGCUGAAAGCAAUUCCUGCCUCAAACACCUUUGUUCUUAAUGCGUUAAAUGAGGACAGUGCUGCCUCUAACCAUGAGGACCUGUUGAUUCCAGCUAAUCUGGCCCCAGCUGAGGAGGCUGCUGUUUCAAAGAGCACUCCAGAUGACCAGGACGUUUCCUUAACACCAUUGCCAGAGAAUCUAAUUGACUUUACAGAAGCCACACCUCGGGUGUCUUCCCAACCCACAAUAACACCAAGGUGGAUAGUGCCAACUGGACUGAUUUCCAAUGGGCCUUUGGGAAAUGAUGUUGCCUUAGCUAUGAAGGCAGUGAAAGGCAGCACAGAGGCUCUGCUGUCAUCAGCUGGAGUGCCACCGUCCCAGCAGGCACCUGAAGGUCUUGCAAGCCCAGUUACUGAGGAUGCUACAGUAAGAAUGAAAUGUUUACUCACCACUGAACUCUAGAAGAAAUUUCUGCACUUCCCAACUUGUAAAAACUCAAAUCUUCGACCACAUCUCCAAGGGAUCCUUCCAAAAGACUUGCUUGGGAUGAGACUCUUGCUGAAGGGGAGUCGAACAGCCAGCUGGUUUGUUGGGACCCAGGAAGAGACUUCUACAGUUAUUGCAGUCUAACGGGAAUUACAGUCUAAACCAGAACAUGAAACCACAUGCACGUUUAAUCUUCUCCGUGAGGAGAAGUACCACACUGGAGCUAGUUCUGAACGUGAGGAACAGCCUCUAGCUGUGCUCCCCUCACGCCAGGGGUAGUCCUGUCCUGCACUGCCUCUGCUGUGUUGUGGGCAGCGUUCCCUGCGCCGUUUGCUGUGCAGCCUGUGAGCACGGCGGCCCCGGCCCCGGCCCCGGCAGGUUGCCCCGGCAGGAUGAGGAGACCCUACAGGGCCACCUUGUGGCCAUAGUGCCGCGGUGGCUCACAGGAGCGCUGACGCUUCCAGGCGGCCAGGCACAGCUGCUUCUGUGUGAUUAUUCCCUCUCCCUUUGUUUUACCGACACACACUCUCCUUUUUGGCCUUAAACCCCGUAAUAAUCCUUGCAUCUCUUGUCACAGUACCUGGAAAGAAUGACGAUCUAGUCUGUUGGUGACCAGCUGUGUUGACUGGAUUUGAGCUGCUCAUUGCAACCAGGAAAAGGAAAAUUAACCUGCCAAAUAGCUAAUUGUUUUAGCAGACUGCAGCAGAGGUCCCACGUUUUGACACUGGUAAUUUCAUUUCCUAAAAGACUCAAGUAGAUGCAUUAUAGAUUAGAAAGAUGUAUGUUUUAAACACUGGAACAGUGAAGGUAGGGGUACAGCUUACUUCAGGAACUGCUUUUUUAUUGUCAUCCAGGACUAGGAAGGAAAAGAAUGAUCCAUACCAUUUCUGGGGGUUGUUUCCUGUUGCUGUGCACUGAGAAUACUUACCAAAUAUAUUAGCAGCCUGAGGGUACAGCUAGAUCAGCCCUUAACACCACCUUGAAUCCUUUUCCAGGUAUCAUCUAAUAGUUGUAUGUGGAACAAAAAAUAGAAAGAACAGGGUGAAAAUGGGAAAAAAAGAUGAAAAGUUCCUGUAAGCAGUUCACUUCUUUGUAGAAGGAAAGUAGAAGCUCCACAGAGCUGAUAAAGGCCUUCUGGUGCUCAGCCAAGGUACAACAUGUGCAGUUUGAAGAGAUCAUUUGAGUCCUGGGCAGCAGGAUCCUCAUAUGGCCAUGUAGAGGUGAGCACAUGGACCCUGGGGUACAGCCCGUGGCAAAGGUCAAGUGAGAGUCAGAGAGAGGAGAAACACAGAGGCCCAAUGAUGAACUCCACGUCCCCUAACAGGGAAGCACAGAUGAAACUCUGCGCUUUCUCAGGAGGAGGUUUGUACAUAGGACUGGGGUUUGGGGAUGUUUUCUGCAUAAUGCUGCUGUUUAUAGAUAUUUAUAAACACAUGGUUCUUAGAACAAUUUUCGAUGUGGAAGUUGGUUCUGAAACCUGUAUGCACAGCUUCGUUUCUGCACACCGGCUGUGUGCACGUCUCAGUGGAGGUGAAUAUUGGGACCAAAGCAGUGUGGGUUGUGCAAGUAAACUGGUGUUUGCACCUGGGGCUUUCUUCCUGCUUCUCUUGGGCUCUUGUUUGCAAGAUGAUUUUGUGUGCUGAGCCAGAGAGUGUUAAGGAAGAAGCCAUGUGGAGUUUACAGGGCCUGCUGCCACUCCUCAGCCCCCCGCCCCGAGGCCUUAACAGAGAAACUCAUUGACUGUGGAGAGCUCUUAAGACUGACACACAGACUCGAGUGAUUCUUUACAGAGAUUUGCAACCAUUGCCUCAAGAACCAGAAGUCACAACUGGUGGGAGGUGCUGCAGACCCCCCCAGCCAGUGUCUGAAGUGCUGGGCAGGCUGCCCACUGCCCAGCCCCAAGGUGGAGGGUUUCUGCUCAACAGCUGUUCAUCUCUGUCCCUGCUACUUCCACUGAAGUAUGGGCUUUUUCUAAAAGUCUGAGCCUUAUUGCAUAUCAGAUUGUAGAAGGUUCCCGAUCAAAUAUCAAAUGUCUUAAUCUGGUUUAAUAAUACAGUUGCCAACAAAGUUCCUGCAGGAAAAGGGAAGCUAUGGCUGCAACAGUCUGCUUCCCGCACAAAGCCAGGACUGUGUGGGGAAACUUGGCACUUGCUGUUGAUCUGUUUGCUCAGCAGCUGAGCUGGCACUCACCAGCUACAUGUGUUGGGUUUGUAAAUAGACAGAAUGCAGCAGCAUUUUCUUUAAGGCGUGUUUGAUAUUUGACUCUUCCCGCGGGGUUCAGGAACUCUGUGAACUGUUAGCUUGAAUCCCACUCAAAAGCAGAGCAGCAGAAGCUGACAGUUGCACAGUGUUCCGUGUGGAACGUCAUCCUCAGAUUCCUCCCCAGCAGCUUCAUACAGCAAGGAGCAAGUAAAUAACGCGUGUGGGGAGCCUGUCCCCUCAAAUGCAAGUGAUUCCAAGUAGCCAGCCGUUAUCUCAGCGUGGUCAGGGUAGUGGUGGUGGGAAGGGAAUGUUGUUUCUACACACAUGUACACACACGCACACAAGGGUUUCAAAGGGGCAAAGUUUUCCCCAGUUUUCAGAGGACUAAUGCCUGAAGCUUUUAUUUUUUAACAAUUCAAAAAUGUCAACUGUUCAAUUGGAGAUUUGCCAUUUCUAGUAGAUCUGGAUCUGCAAAAUCAUACCAGAUACUUGGAGAAAAGACUCAUUUAACUUGAUGUGGCUCACUCAGCUAAUCCAAACCAGCGUUUAUACAGGGAGCUACAGGACUGAGUGAUCUGUGGGUUCUGUGGUCUGACCAGACACAUGGGCAGGUAUCUCAACAUCAUCUAGUUUAGUUUGGCAUCACUGUUUUGAUUCAGAAUGAUAGAUAUUGUGUUGUCAUGACUGACUAACAGAUAACAGAGCUUUACUCAUCACCUACAUUUGAGCUAACGCAAAUAGGUACAAUAGUUCCUACAGUUAGUGCUACAAAGCAUUAAUUAAUGCUUCUGUGCUACUGAGAAAAAGGGGUUUGCUUACCAACAUUAUACUAUUCUUUGUUUGGCUAUAAGGUCCAGUCACCCUCUGAGACUUGAUUUUUUGAGAGUAUUUAUUUAAAGAGAUUCAUUUCUAACACUUUUGUGUGAAUCUGGUGUUGGGAUGUUGGCAGGGCUGCAGACCAUUUAAAAGCUGUGAGAGUUGACAGGGAUGAAUAAAGGCAUGUUCUGGUGGAGUCAGCUGGAAAAAGCCAGCUCCCCAUUUUAAAAAAUAAGAGUCCCAUUUAUCUCCUAUCAAAGGAUAGGAGUUACUAAUGCCUGUCCCAGCCUGUCCUCCUCAGCUGGCGUGGCCCCUGUGCCUGUGUGUGCAUGCAAAGCUGCUCAGAGCUGCAUGCCUUUUUUAAACUAUAUCAUUAAAAAGUGAUAACUUACACUAAAACUGUGAUUGGAUCUGAAAGUGACUUUACUCCAGGCACACUCCAUAAGUGAUUGGAGUAAAAGAUUUUACAGAAAUCCUAACACUUGCAAUAACAACAAGAAAAACCCCAGCCCAGAUCUCAAACUGCUUAAUCUUAAGGAAAUGCUGGAUCUUAGAGCUGCACUUGAUGCUCACCUCUUCAGCCCAGCAGAAAUGAGGAGAAAGUUGGUGUGUGCUGAGGACACCAGCCUUUGAAAUGAGUAUUCAGGGCCGGAGCUCAGGUCCCCUCACGCUUGGAUUGAGCAGUGGUAGUGGGGCUGGAUGUUAGGCAAGUCAUGUGGCACAGUAACUCCUUACCUGGCAAUCAGACGUGGUUAAUGGAUGGGCUUGUUUGUAUUAGAUUUUAAACUUAAAUUCCACAUGUACUUUGUCAGAGACAUCCAGCUGUGUAAAAGCUGUUUUGGCCAGUUAUUUUGGACACAACUUUGGCAAGGAAAUCUGCAGCACCAUGAGAGGGGCUGAGGUGAACAGUCAGGUUACGUUUCAGUCUCUUGACACAAACUAUUUUCGGCCCUUGCCUGUUGUCCCUUUGUCUGCACCUUGCUCCUUCUCAUUCCUUGAAGAUGUACUGUUAACAUCAGUAUGCCCUUCACUAACAAUACUGGAUGUAUUUUUCACAUUGUGAACAUGUUCUAGAACAAGCCAAGUCUUCUGCAGAUAAAGCUAUUUCAUGGCCAGUGAGGCUGUAAAGCUCUGUCUGGGCACAGUGUUGGUCUGGAAAGCUGUAGUGCGUGUAUAUAGCUGUUAGCUACAGUAGCCUCCCAGCAUUCAAAUGCAGCUGGAUAAUCAUCACUUCUGUACUGAAACCUAGACACAAUCCAUGUGAACACCAUGUGAAUGGCCUUUCAGUGGUGCUGGUGUCCCUGGUGUGUACCUGCUCUGAGUGUGGCACCACAGCUGUGGGCUCAGGGCCCUCCUGUCAGCACAGUCCUGUCCCUGUCCAGGAGAGCCUGUGGAGAGCCAGGACCCUGUGGGCAGGGUGAGCUGUGGAGAAUGGGGACCCUGUGGGCAGUGUGGCUAUGGAGAGUCAGGAACCUUUGGGCAGUGUGGCCUGUGGGCAGCCGGGACACCUUUGACAGUGUGGGCUGUGGAGAGAUGGGACCCUGUGGGCAGUGUGGGCUGUGCAGAGCUGGGAUUCCUCAGGCAGUGUGGACUGUGGACAGCCAGGACCCUGUGGGCAGUGUGAGUUGUGGAGAGCUGGGACCCUGUGGGCAGUGUGGGCUGUGGAGAGCCGGGACCCCUUGGGUGUUGUGGCGUAAAGCUGUGUGUGCCUGUGGGAAGUGAAAUGAGUGGUCACAGCCUGCAGCCACGCUGAGCCCUGCACAGCAAGCAGGUACAACAUUCUCCUGCAAAAUUCAUCUCCUUUGCACUGUUUGGUUUGAACACCCUGGUUCAGGAACACACACACACACACUCUCCCCUACCUAUGACUGGACAAACUUAUUUUUAAGGCACGUAAGAGUAUUUUUUAGCUAGAUUUUUUUUGUUAAAGCCACACUAACUACUGUAUUUUUACUUUUUGUAUGUAAAGCUUGGCAGUAGCUCUCAAUGUAUAAUUUAUUUGUUGGGGUUUUUUAUAAAAGAAAGUGCACCCUCACCUGUCUCACAGCGAUAGUGAUGUGUGAACUGUUCAGGCACUGCACUGAGAUCUAUGUUGAAACUGUACAUGGAAACAAGAAGCUGUGAUCUGUAGUCCACUCAACCCAGUCUUGAAGUGUUUCUACUGUAGUUUUGUCUUAAAUACACCUGUUCAGUGCAAAA